GUCCCUUUCGUCCAGUGGUUAGGACAUCGUCUUUUCAUGUCGAAGACACGGGUUCGAUUCCCGUAAGGGAUA